AUGCAUGGAAUUCCAACCAUCGUCGGUUCAGAGCUGUACAGAGGACGUCAUAUCUUCUGGAGCUGCGUGGUCUGUGUGAUGGCCUUCCUCCUGGGAACCGUCAUCUACUUCCAGAUGAGAAACUACUAUGAUUACCCAACCGUGACCAGCGUGGAUGUCCGAUACGUCGGAGAGAACGACUUCCCGGCGGUGACCUUCUGCGACCUGAACUACUUCGACGGGAAGUUUGUGAGAAAAUACCUCGACAACUACACGACUUUCCACCUGACCAGAUUGACAGAGAUCACGGGCUUCUACCACAGAUUCUUCGAAGAGCUUUUCGACAAAGUCGAGCAGCCAGUGAAAAACCAGUCCUCUGAUUUGCUUAUCCAGAAGCUGAUCAACAGGACACUGAGGUUAAUCUCCAGAAGUCCCAUGACCUGUUCCUGGGGUGACCACUACUGGACUCCGUGCCUAGCGGCAACGCCCCGGGUUACAGAAAUGGGCGUCUGUUUCACUGUCGAUGUCCGCAAACUGGCCAGAGAAAAAUCUUUAAAUGAAACAAGCGAUGAUGAUUCUCUUCCCGCUAUUGGCAACGCGCUAAGAGGACUGACUCUGUAUGUUGAUGUCAGUGAUGUUGAGAUACCCAACAGGAUCUUUAAGUAUCAGGGAUUUAAGGCUGUUCUGCAUGAACCAGACGAGGAGCCGCUGCCUCUGUCCAGUGGGUUUCUGGUGACAGGUGGCACCACAGUGGAAGUAGAGAUCUCCAAAACUGUGAAAAUUGGUUUGCCAACGCCGUAUAAGGCUUUCGGCAGCGGCUCGUGUGUGGACACCAAGUCCUCCUCGUUUGAGAAUCCGCUGAAGCGGUUUGGCAAAUACAGCAAGGAAAUUUGCGAGGCCGAAUGUUUCAUCAACUUCGUGGUGGAGGUCUGUGGUGGAUGCAAACACUUCCUCCAUGCAGGAAACGAAAGCAUAUGUGCCAUGGACCAUCUAGCAGAUUGUUACAGAGACGCUGAAAAGAAAUACUACGGUGGGCAUCUGAAUGGAACUAAGGGCAGAGGCGUCUGCAAGUGCCCUAUGCCCUGCACACAGUCCACAUACCAGGCGUCUGUAACUACCUCCCCAUUCAAAGAAACUCAGUUCUUUGCCGACCUUAAAAGGGAACACAAUAUGACAGGAAAGUAUAUCAUUGCUUACAUUCACCUAUUCUACUCUGACCCUGUGGUGUCCGAAAUGAGACAAGUGGCCGUAUUUUCCACAGAAGGACUCCUAGGAAACAUUGGAGGCCAGAUUGGACUGUUCAUGGGCUUUAGUUUGGUCUCAGUUGCCGAGAUGUUGGAGCUAAUCUUCCUCCUGGUCACCAGGGGACGGAACUUGGAUGAACGUGUCAAGAAACAUAAAAAGUCAGAGGCUGCUGUCAAGGCAGCACUUCAAGCCUAG